AUGAGCUCGUGUGUCGGGGCAUUCCUGCGGAGCACGUUUGUCAAGGGACGCCCUGCAGAGGAUUUGGCGCAGAAGUACGAGAUUGGGGAGGAGUUAGGUGCGGGAGCCACCGCGACUGUCUACCGAGCCAAAAACAAGCGCACCGGCCAAUGCGUCGCGCUCAAGGCAAUGUGCAAGGACAAGAUCCAGGACGAGACCAUGCUGCGCAACGAAAUCAGCAUUCACAAGGUCACGGACCAUCCCAAUAUCUUGCGCUUGCUGGAGAUCUUCGAAGAUGACAAGAAUCUCUUCCUCGUCACAGAGCUUUGUGGCGCUGGCGAUCUGUGGAGGCUUCUUCAAGCAAACCAGGAUGAGUUCAGCGCAUCCAUGAUCUCGGAAGAAGAAGCUAUCGAGAUUCUCAAGCAGGUGCUCAACAGUGUGGGAUACCUGCACUCGCGCGGAAUCGUCCACCGUGACCUCAAACCAGGCAACUUCCUCUGCUGUGCUCCAGAUUCUGAUGCCGUAGACCAGAAGAACUUGGCUGGGAAGAUCCGAAUCAUCAAGCUUGCCGACUUCGGGGUCUCUUCCUGUUGCCAUGUGAAGCACCGCCUAACGCGCAAGUGUGGCACGGACGGUUUCAUGGCACCCGAGAUUCUGAGACAUCAGCCUUACGACGAGAAGGCCGAUAUCUUUUCCGUUGGCUGUAUCUUGCAUUGGCUGCUGACGGGUCAUCCACCCAAACCGCGCGAGGAUGGAAGCUACGUGAUGAGCAAGAUCCGCCUGAACUUCGUCUCAGAUGAGGCGAGGGCGCUGCUGGAGCUUCUUACGAGGCCUGAGCCAAAGGACAGGCCUUCUGCGGAGGAGGUGCUGCGGUCUCCGAUGCUUCAAGGCUCUGCUCGACGGCUCAGAGCUCGCUCCGUGCGAAUGGAUGCCCAGCUCCUGGACCAGAUGUAUGCAUACGGGUCUUUCCCCUUGCUGAAGAAGGCUGCCAUCGUUGCUAUGGUCACGCGGGCAGAAUCUGAUGCAGACUUUGCUCCCAGCAUAGAACGCUUCAUGUCUCUGGACCGGAACCUUACAAGUGGCAUCGACACAGAGGACAUCUAUGGUGCAUUGAGUGAGGAGAUGCUGGAUGACAUGCGAAAAAUGGUACGCAAGUCCAUUGCAGGGGAAACUGUAAGGCGUCGGAGGGGGAGAUCCCGCCUCUCGCCACAAGCUUCUUCAAGGCAGCCGCUGGAAUGUGUCAUGAAGAAGUUCCAGACGGAGCUUCGAGAGGACGUCGCACGUCUCGUCAACAAGGUUGAUGCGACUGGCACAGGGCAUAUCAGCUAUUCUGAAUGGCUGGCAGCGACGGCAGAUCCGGCCUGGUACACGGACCCUUUGCACAUCAGUGCGGCAUUCAGGCUCUUCGACUUCGAUGGUGACGGCAUGAUAAGCGAGGAGGAUCUCAAGUGCGUGAUUCCCGAUGUUUUCGAGAAGUUGACCGUCAAGGCUGUCCUUCAAGAGUCGCAGCUGAGCGCGAAGCAGACUUCUUGGAUCAACGAGGAGUGCUUUUCACUGCUCAUUCGCACUCAGAACGCGUCGGUCUUCACGCUGCAGCGGAUCUGUGAUGGGCUAGAGGAUCCAGUUGCCGCAGCUCAUGCUCCAAAUGUCUCUUGA